CCGCGCUGCGCCGCGCCCGCUCGCCGGCGGGAUCGCCCCGGGAACCCCCGCCCGCCGCCUCUCCCCUUUCCCCGGCGGGACCGCGCUCCGCGCCCGCUGCUCCCCUGACAGCGGUGAGCCGGCCGCGUGUCAGCCGAUUCGUGCGGGACUGCGCCGCGCCGCUCACGGCACCGGCCCGCGGGGGAAGCCCGUCCAGCCCCGCCGGGCCACGGGCGCGGGCGGGAGCGGCCCGGUUUAACCGCGACACUCGGGGGAGGCCGCUCGGACAGGCCCCGCUCUGAGCAACCGGCCGGCCGCCAUCAGCGCCCGCGGCGGCGCUCCGCCUGACGCCACGCCCGGAGAAGGCGCCGAUUGGUCCGCGCGGCCUGGUACCACACGUGGCCGCCCGCCAUUGGGCGGCGGCGCGGCCAUGGGGGAGCCGAGGCGGCGGCGGCGGGGCGGCGUGCGGCGGUACCGCUUCGCGGAGGGGCCGGCGGCGCUGACGCUGCGCAUCCCCGAGGUGCUGGACUCGCAGUACGGGAUGUACGUGUGGCCCUGCGCCGUGGUCCUGGCCCAGUACCUCUGGGUCCACCGGAGAAGCCUGCCCGGCAAGCGAGUGCUGGAGGUGGGCGCCGGUGUGAGCCUGCCUGGCGUGUUGGCUGCCAAGUGCGGUGCUGAAGUGACCCUGUCCGACAGCGAGGAGCUGCCCCAGUGCCUGCGCAACUGCCGGAGAAGCUGUCUGCUGAACCGCCUGCCCCACGUACCUGUUCUAGGGCUCACCUGGGGGCGGGUAUCGCCAGAGCUGCUCUCUCUUGCUCCUGUAGACAUUAUUUUAGGAUCGGAUGUCUUUUUUGACCCAAAAGACUUUGAAGAUAUUUUAACUACAAUUUACUUCUUGCUGGAAAAGAAUCCACAUGCUCAAUUCUGGACUACUUAUCAAGUCCGAAGUGCCGACUGGUCUAUCGAAGCUUUGCUCUGCAAAUGGAAACUGAAGAACAUCCACGUUCCCUUACAUUCGUUCAGUGCAGACAAAGAGCACUUAGCCAGCUCUUCUCUACCAGGAAGACAUACAAUUGAAAUGAUGAUCAUCUCACUAGCACAAUCAGAUGGUACUUAAGUUUAUUCCACUUGUUCGUUCCAAUACAAGAUGAUACUUAACUGUUCACUGUAGCACGGAUCUGCAGAAAACAGUCCUGUUUACAGCAAACCCCAUGCAUAUUUUUCAGGAAGCGGAUCCCCUUAGCAGUAAUUCUGAAAACAUGCAUUGUAAAAAUAAAGCUGUUCAAUUUUUCA